UAGUGUGCUCGGUGUGUUUGAUUUUGUUUUCAAUUAUUAGAUCUCUAGCGUUGUGAGUGAUGCUUGACGUCAAUCACAUAUUAUAUAUACGAAGAUAUGAGAAAGAAGAAUAUUUCAAAAUCACAUCAUCAUCAUUUAAACGCGUUAUAAAAAACAUGGUGUCUCAAAAUAAUUUGUUAUUAUCGCGCUUCGCUUUCAUUUUUAUCGUUGAUACAAUAGUGGAUUUCAGUAUCUGGAUAAUUGAUAAGGAAGGAGAACCCACUUGAAUCGAUGGAAUGACGUGAGAGCAGACUGCAGUCUGGAUACACGGAUGCAAUCCUCGGCGGGAUCAUCAACUUGAGAAGGAACGGGGGAUAAGGGAUGCGUGGUGCGCGCUUUGUCGGCCAUUACGGAUUCGUUAGGAUUCGUUCUCGUAGACGCGUCGUUCAACUUCGGAGUUACGAUUUUCGUAAAUCUAUAUCUCGAACAAAGGAAUCGAAGCUAUUAUUGAAAUCGAUUGAAUCAAGAAUCCAGAGUUCGUCAGACAUGGACGUAAAUAGAUCCAGCAACGGUGAUUACAAGUAUGAGAGAGAUGAUGCCGAUGAAAAACCCAGGUCGCUCGAUGAGUCUGAGAAGGAUCAUCAGGCCGACAAGGCCGGCGAGUAUAUGAACGAGCUCUUGCAAGAAAAGAUCGAAUUAGACGGACAAAAAUGGCCCAACGCCAUCCGAUUGUUGGACCAAGAAAUUCAAAAAACAGAAACUUUGCGAAGACCAAUGAGAGAAUCAAAAUAUGUGGAUAUCUAUCGUGAAAAGCAUGUUCGUGUAUCUGUCAAAGUACUAGUACCCAUCCGUGAACAUCCUAAAUUUAAUUUUGUUGGAAAAUUGCUUGGGCCGAAAGGCAAUUCUAUGAAACGCUUGCAAGAAGAGACAAUGUGCAAAAUGGCAGUGUUAGGCAGAGGAUCUAUGAAAGAUAAACAAAAAGAAGAAGAACUUCGUGCUUCCAUGAAUUUGAAAUAUGCGCAUCUUGCUGAUGAUCUGCAUGUGGAGAUUACAGCUAUUGCCCCACCGGCGGAAGCUUACGCUCGCAUUGCUUUCGCGCUCGCCGAAGUGCGGAAAUAUUUAAUUCCUGAUAACAAUGACAAUAUACGUCAAGAACAAAUGCGUGAAAUGGAAAUGGGCAUAUCUGAUGAUACUGUCUCAAAUGAUCGCAGACCUUCGAUGAGAGGACCUUCGAAUCUUGAUGGUAAUAUACCGAGGCCUGCUGCAAGACAAGGACCUAGACAGUCUAGAGCUAUGUUUCCUCCACCUGUGAAUCGUGGGCCACAUGCUCGUGGACCUGCACCAUCUAAAUCAAAAGUAUUCUCCAUUUUGGAUCGUGCGAGGGCUGCUAUGGAUCAAGGUUACAAUAGUUAUGAUAGUCAGACUCCUGCAACAAAUCGUGCUGGAUCACACGAUUUUGAUUAUCACGGAUCAUCAGGUGGAAACAAUCGAUAUGGUGAUCGUUAUACUUCAAAUGCUGGAUACACGACUUACGAAUACGAUGAUGAGUCUGCUCCACAUUCUUCACGUGAUUAUUACGAAUCUUCUGACUAUUCAGACGAGUCGUCGAGCCGCGCUUGGAAAUCUUACAAGACUACAACGACGUCAGGCGCAGCCUCGCGUUACCGCACUACCCCAUAUACACGACCUUCCAACAUUGUUAAUCCAUUGGCGGCUAAUCUUCCUUAUGCACGGCGGCCUAUAAUACCCAAUAUGCAGAAACCGAUAAACGAAAGAAAUCGUCCUUAAUUGAUCGGCGAACGAAGAUUAAUACGGUAAUGAUACGCAAAUAUUGCUCCAUUAAAUUCGUAACAGAUAACAUUAACAGAAAUUGUCUAUUCUAAGGAAGAUUUAGUCUCGUUUAAUUUCUUUUCUUAUAACAAGCUAAUAGAUCUUUAACAAAAUAAAAGACUAAAUUAUUUCUCGCUCUAUUCGUAUCAUUUUCUGUUAUAAACGCUAUAUUUGAA